AAACAUAUGUUUUUACCACCAUUCCUGUUAUCUUGCAUAUUUCCUGCAUGUUUGCAACCAUGGCAACGAACUUGGCUUGGACGCGAUGUUUACCAGGGCCGUUAGGACAUAAAGCAGACAUGUGUUGUCAAUUUAAAAAAAAAAAAAAAAGUAAAAAAGAGUGAAAUUUCUUUUUGCGAUCUUUCUUUUUACAGAACAAAUGAAGUCGAAAGCCAUCCCUCCUUCCCUCUUCCUCCGUCUCUUCUUUUCAAAGCGUCCCUGUUUUUUCCCCUUCGGAGAGCAUUUUCUUGGCUGUCGAGCAGAGGUACUGGGCAGAGAGCCACGGCGGAGGGGGAGAGCCACUGCGGAGGGGUUUAGCUGGGAAGGAGAAGGCGUCUGGUGCACGGGGAGCAUUCGGCGUCUGGGACCGGGAGACGCAGGCAGAGCUGGGACCAGAGUGCUUCGGCUGCCGGCACGGCCCCUCCAUACUCCCCCUGUGUUUCCGUGUAAUCCAGCACCAUGCAUCCCGACCCUGGGCGCCGGCAUCUGGUCCUUGGCCUGUGGCUCGUGACUCUGUCCAUCUGCAGCGGCUCAGAUGGAUUACCUCAUUUUACCUCUGAGCCCCUCUCCGUAAUCCAGAAAGUAGGGGGCACUGUGACCCUGUCCUGCUCUGCUGACCCACCAUGGUCCCAAAUUGCUUGGAUGUUUAAUGGAAAAGUGCUGGAGACGCGGCAUGCGCAGGUUGCGGAGAUUCACUCCGGGUUUCUGAACAUCUCUUCUCUUGGUCUUUCCCAAGCCGGGCUGUAUCAGUGUGUCGCUCGUGUCCCCGGCGCAGCCAUUGUGAGCCGUCCAGCAAAAGUUUCCGUGGCCUAUCUGGGAGAGUUUGAUGCGGUGGUGCCGUCCGGUGUGAGCGCAGAGGAAGGCGGCAGCGCGUUUGUUGGGUGUAAGGUCCCACGCAGCGCUCCUGGGGCUCGGAUCAGAUACAAGGUCCGGGGUCAAUGGUUGGAAGAAUCCACAGGGAAGUACUUAAUCCUUCCAUCGGGCAGCCUGCACAUCCUCAACGCUUCCUUGGAGGACAGAGGCGCAUACAGGUGCGCGGCCUACAAUCCGGUCAGCCAUGAACUGAGAGUCAGUCCUGUGGCAGAGAAGCUGUCGAUAAAUCGUUCCUCUGUACACGUUUCCAAAAUCCUGAACGUGGGCGCCUCGCAGACCCUUUCCGUUCUGAUCCAUGAGCCUUUAACCCUUGAAUGUGUGGUUGGAGGAGCAAAACUUCCUGAAGUUGCCUGGUUGAAGGAUGGUCAAAAUGCCAUUACAGACGGUAAAAGAAAACUGUUCCAUACGCACCUUGUAAUGGAGAGCGUGGAGCGAUCGGAUGCUGGCGUUUAUUCCUGCUCACUAAUGGACCACAGUGUUAAUUACACCGUCAUUGUUUUAGAACCUCCGUCUGUCACCCGAAGUCCAGUCGAUCAGGCAGCACCUGUAGGCGGGUCCGUGAGAUUUACCUGUGAAUCCCGUGGCGAACCAGCACCGAAUAUCACCUGGUUGCACAAUGGUGCCGUCGUUUAUCCUUCACCUCGUUUCCAUGUCUCGGGGAACAAAUUGCGAAUCAGCAACAUUAAUACCGCGGAUUCUGGGAUUUAUCAGUGUGUGGCGGACAAUGGGGUUGGAGUGGCGCUGUCUGCGGCGAGGCUGGCGAUCCAGUCAGUUUCUGAGCACAUCCCAGUUAUUGUCUCCCCUCCUUCAAACGUCAGCUCGGUGAAUGGAGAUCUGGUUACUUUGACCUGUAAUGCCACCGGAGUGCAGACUCCAUCCAUCCGUUGGUACAACCGCCAUGGAGCCAUCAACAGCCAUCCUUCCCAAGUCCUACACCCCAAAUCACGCAGAGCGCAGCAACGGGCAGAGGCUGCUUCCGCACCCGACCCCGUUCAUCUGAUCGUGUCACAGGCCGGUUCCAGCUCUUUGUACAUCCAGGGCAUCACGGAGCAGCACGCUGGCAAAUACACGUGCGAAGCGUCCAACGACUUUGGGUCUUCACGAGCUGAAGCUUUUGUGACUGUCGCUCCUUAUGAAACAUCGAUCGACAUGGCAGACGCUGACGCUGCUCGUAUUGAGGAAGAUGGUAAACGCAGCCGCGCAGGUUCAUCCCUUCCAAGUGAGCAGCAAACGGCUCCAUCCGCAACUGAGAAGCCUAUAACCGGAGCCUCCGUACCAGAAGCACCCAUCAUCCUCAGCCCACCGCUUGCCACCAAGCCAGACGUGUAUUUCUUGUUAUGGAGAUCGGGGAAAGAUGGCGGCUCACCUAUUAAUGCGUACUUCGUUCGGUAUCGCAAGCUGGACGAUGAUGGAAAUAUGGUCGGAAACUGGAACUCCAUUCGUGUCCCGGCCAGCGAGAGUGAGUUUCCCCUCACAGAGUUGGAGCCCUCCAGCCUCUACGAAGUCCUGAUGGUGGCAAGAAAUGCAGCAGGGGAGGGCCAGCCAGCCAUGCUCACGUUUCGCACGAGCAAAGAAAGAGCUUCAUCCUCCAAGAACACGCAGUCUCCAUCCGCGCCUGGAGGCCCAAAGCAGCCUGUUCUCCAUGAAAGGUCCAAUACCAACUUUGGUUUGGUGGCCCAUGACAGCGGCGCGCCAGAAGCCCCUGAUCGUCCUACAAUUUCCACGGCAUCUGAGACCUCUGUAUAUGUCACGUGGAUUCCUAGAGCCAACGGCGGCUCGCCCAUCACCUCGUUUAAAGUGGAGUACAAGCGCGCCAAAAUGAACUGGGUCACUGCAGCCGACAACAUCCCCCCAUCAAAGCUGUCUGUGGAGAUCUCUAACCUGGAACCAGGGGCCGUUUACAAAUUCCGAGUCAUCGCCAUAAACCAUUACGGAGAAAGUCAGCGCAGUGCGGUGUCGCGGCCGUACCAAGUGGCCGAGUACAGCAGCCGUGUCUCCAACCCGCUGAUCAUGGGUCCGCACAUCGAUCACACGGAGGCCAUGACCGACACACAGAUCUUGCUGAAAUGGACAUAUACCCCUGCGAGUAACAACAACACCCCUAUCCAGGGCUUCUAUAUUUACUAUCGCCCCACUGACAGCGACAACGACCACGAUUACAAGCGGGACGAGGUUCCAGGUACAAAACAGCGCCAUUUAAUCCGGGAUCUGCUCCCCGAGACGUCUUACGAUAUUAAGAUGCAAUGUUACAACGAGCGAGGGGCCAGCGACUUCAGCAACGUGAUGAUCUGUGAAACCAGAGCCAAGCGGAACCCGGGGGCCUCUGAGUACCCCGUGUUGGACCUCAGCACACCAUCUACCUUGGACCGUGGUGGUGGUGGCAGCGGUGGCAGCGGUUCCAGUUCGGCAAGCUCCCUGGCACGGAGUGGAGACAUGCUUUUUGUGAUUGUUGGUUGUGUCCUUGGAGGGAUGGUGCUUAUCCUCAUGGCGUUUAUUGCGAUAUGUCUGCUAAAGCACCGGCAGCAAAGUCUAAUGCAGAAGUUUGAGCCUCCCGGUUACAUAUACCAGGGAACAGCCCUCAACGGCCAAAUUAUUGAGUACACAGCGGGAAGCCAUACUAAUAACCGGUCCCACGGAGGCUUCAUGGGGAACGGAAGUCUUGGAUGCCCUCAUAUGCAUCAUAAGGUCCAUGCUGGACUCAAUGGAAUGAUGAAUGGGGACUUGUAUCCUGGGUGUCCCAGUUCAAUGAAAGAGACCUUUGUUGAUUUGCCUCGCCAUCCCAACAUCGGAGGAGGUCUGUACGCAGCCAUUCCGCAAGCCGACCCGUCAGAGUGCAUUAACUGCAGAAAUUGCUGCAAUAAUAACAGGUGCUUUUCCAACGAGGGGGUGACCACGGUGCCAGCUGUAGCCACGUUUCAAUCUGUCAGCCACAUCGGGGAUCACAAGCACCCCAUCUCCAUGAAACUAGAUGGCUCUGGAGGGCUGGAAGGACAAAGUAAUGAAGAAAGCUCUCCCCACUCUCCAUGUUUAAAGUGUGAAGAGGAGGACUCAAAAAGACUCUCCCAGAAUGGUGCAGAUGGAGAUCUGUCCCCGGCUUCCUCUCCAGCGACCUGUCGCCUCCAAGCAGCGUGACGAGAAAUCAAAGAGGACUCGACAGAGAUCACGUUAGACAUCUCCCCAACUUCCAGCAAGAGAGCCCGAAAUAUAACCAGGCAAAGUCUUUUCUCUCUGAGGUCCUUAACCGCUCCUUGUGUCAGAGACUUGAAACUCUCCAUAUUUCGUAGCUUCAUUGCUUUGCUGCAGAACGGAUUUCUCCAGGGCUUGCAUCAAUAACCGCGAGUCUGUCCGAUGGUUGCUCGUCAGAGCCGGGCGUAAUCUUUAGCACAAUAAUCAAAUGGUUGUCUACUGGAUGGAUGACGCGUAACGUACGAUUCGUUCGUUAGGACCCCGUGAAUGGGCUUUUGGGCAUUUAAAAAGCCAUUAAAAUGGUUACAAUGUUUAAGAUUAAAGCAGAAGUUGGCACAUUAA